UCCUAGUCUGUGAUUACACAAAAAAAAAACACAUACACAUAAAUUGUGAAUACAAAUGUUAACACAGUUGUGAAAGAAAAUUAUUCAUUAUCAAAACAUAAUGAAAUCUAAUCUUAAAGAUGAGACUAAGAAAGAAAUCUUACAGGACUUAAAUUUAAAACUUGGGGGUGAUAUAAAAAAUUUGCAGGCAGCCUUUGAUUUACAAAAUGAGCUGGCCAAUAAAAGAGAUAGUCUUGAAAGUUCCUUAAGUGCUGCUAAUGAUGAGGUGCCAACAAAGCUUACAUCAGCUAUUAAUAAGGCAAAGCUUAACUCAAAGCAAAUUGAAAACCUUAAAAUCAAAAGUGAUGACUUUAAGAAGAGAGCUGAGGACUUUUUAAGUAGAACACAACCACUACUUAGUGAAUUAGAUAAAAGAUUUAUGGCGAUUAGUAAACUGGAAAAGGUUUUGGAGUAUUUUAAGUCUUACACAAAACUUCAAGAUUUAAGCGAGCAGAUGAAGAAUUGUAAAGAUGAUGAGCAGCUGGUCUUGAUGUACAGUGAGAUGAAAAAAAUGUGUCAACAAUACAAAAACUCGCACCAAGCUAAUUAUGCAAAAGAAUAUACACAUUAUUGGCACAAUAUCCUUAAGGACAAUUUAACAAAACACUAUGAUGAUGUACUCAAAUUAUUAAAAUGGCCACUAACAAGUGGAACUGACAUCUCACAAGUUCCAAAAGAAGUUCUAAGCAAAUUUAGUAAUUUAACAAGAAAUCUGUUUCUUAUUCAAGAGCCUGAGAAUUUGUUGGCUAAUGCUGCUAUUACCGGAGAUUUUUCCACAGUACAAGAUCCCUCUCUACCGAUAAAGGUCUUGCUCCGGCCUCUAAAGAAGCGGUUUGCGUUUCACUUCACUGGUUCUCGGCAAACAGCAAGAAUUGAUAGACCGGAGUGGUUCCUUACACAAACAUUAACCUGGAUUAAAGACCAUCAGAUAUUUAUCAAGAAUAAUGUGCUACCAAUUGCCGAUAAACUAGAAUUGAAAAAUGUGAAUGCUUUGGACGAAUUCAAUGAAGGUUUAGUAGCGUUAGCGGCUGAGAGAUUACACACAGUACUAGCAUUGUAUCACAGUCAAAAUAAUAUAGUUGAUGUCGAUUCAGCAUUUGCACACGCGGUAGAUGAAACUCUAGGUUUUCAUAAAGAAUUAACAGAGAUAACGGGGCAUGAGUCAAAUAGUGUGCUAUCUGUGUUGACCAAAGCGGAGACUUUUGUACGGUGGUUGGCUGUUGAGAAGAAAUAUGCCCUUUCAAAGAUGGAUGAAAUGCUAGACAAUGAGCAAUGGUUUGAGCCAGUAGCAGCCGGCGUAGGGGCAGCAGUGGGAUCUUACGUGUGGGUACCGCGUGGAUCUGAUUGGUUUGUGGCAUUACUAAAGACCAUAGAAGAAAGAUACGCGACACUACCACAGCCUGGGCAUCGGAUACAAUUCCUUGAGCUACAACUAGAAUUGAUCGAGGAAUGGCGGGUGCGCCUCACCCAAAUAAUGAGUGCUGCAGUGGAUAGUCUGAAACCAGACAGCUUUUUAGUUGCUGGCCCUCAUCCCCUCAUAGCCAUUGUCAACACCGCACACCACACUAGAAGCGUAUUGCUGCAAUGGGCUCACUCUCUGCACUACCUACAACUAUACUACUAUAGACGUCAGUUCCAUCAAUUCACUCAACAGCAGCACAGCAGUGGACAAGAGAGUGAGUCCUCAACCAGUUCCGAAGACGACGAUGAGACCGAUGAAGAGUCUUUAAGAGAUGAAAAUGAAAAGGAGGGUUCUAUAUGUCUGGAAGACGUGGAGACUCGAGCUAAAGAUCUAGCUUUGAAAGAAGUUGUUAAGCGACGUUCGGUCAUCGAUCCAAGUCAAUAUAACAUUAGGACCAUAGCAAACCCGGCAGUGGCAGAACCGCUACCAAAAGGUGAUGUUGAAGAUGGCGGUGUGUUCGGUGAUGCACCAGCUCUGUUACAUCAUCUUCGACAAGCAGGUCUUACGGCGCUAGUCCAAUUCGUGAUUGUCGAGUUCAGGGAACAUUUAAACGAUUAUAAAUCAUUGAAAUGGCACGCCAUGCUAACAGUAGAGAAGAGAGCUCUUUCUGUAUCCAGUUCUUUGGGCAGGCCUUUAUCGACCCUCUGCACUAGAUUGGUCACGUUGACUGAGAUGCUCCCGCCUCAUAUUGGUCAACUGUUCAAAAAUGAGUUGGCUUCGCAGGUUGAUAACUGCGUGUUUCGGGAGGUGGUUCUGAGCAACUGGUUCAAUACUGGUGGAACUGUCCAAUUCACGCAUGACGUCAUGAGAAAUAUCAUGCCGGCUUUUGCGAGGUCCGAGAACAUAUUUCUCGAAGUUCUUCCUGUGCCAAAAUUGGCUGAAGCCGUUGUACUUCUCAACUUCGAGUAUGACGACGCGCGUUCUUACCGAACGGGCUUAGCUAGAAAUGAUCCAAACACGAGGAAACUACUCAACACCAUCGGCCUCGUCAACAUCACCACGGCUGAGGCACUUCAGGUCCUCAACCAAAGGACUGAUCUCGCUGACGCGUCGUCACCUACUUCGGUGAUGGAACUGUUCUAAAACAAAGUCCAGCCCGGAGUCACUUAAAUAUCUUUCAUAGUAGACGGUAAGCGAAUGUGUGGUAGUUGAAUAACACAAUUUUAAUUUACUAUGCGAUUUAUUUAUUAAAAUUAAUACUUUUUUAUAUAAAACAUCAAGAUUUCUAUCGUAGUGUUGUUGAAUCAUACAUCUUAAGGUUCUCUUUUCUUGUCAUAAAAUCGAUUUCCGUAAAAAAAUUCAUACAUUUUUAAUUAAUAGAAAGAAGAAAGAGAAGUUAGAAGAAUGUAACAAAUUAUUUCCUCUUGUAAAACGUUACGAUUUUUGGCGGGGUUUGAAUUACGCGUUAUUGUUAAUAUUAUUUUCGACUUUCCAGUACUUUACACAACAUAAUGGUAACUUUUAGGUAUAAAGAGUCACUGGGUCACGCAUGUUUUACUAUUGGGUAGAGAAAAACGAUGCGCGUGACAUGGGGUAGGGGUCGAGAAUUUUCAAAAAUUGCGUGACGUAAUACUUGAACGCUCCCUUAUCAGAAUUCAAAACUAUAUUUUUUAAUGUAUCUAAUGCAUAUUUGUAUUUGUUUUAACGUACUUUCACAAAAUAAUGAAUUAAAAAAAAAACAUUUUUAGGAAGAAAACCCUGCGAAGGUUUUUUUACAAGGAAACCCAAUUAUAAAUUUCAUGACGACAAAAAUUAGGAUUGUCUAGAUUUUGAUUACAUUAUCAAAAGAAAAUUAGUCUUUAAUAUUAUCGUGGUCCCAUCUAGUGGCUAGGAAUUUCAUAUUUAAAAAUAUCGUAGAUUAAAAUUAGGCAUUUUUAGGUAUUGUGCUAAAUGUAAAUGCGCGGAUAUUCUACAUGCGCCAAAACUUUUUUUUUUUCUGUAUAAAGUUUGACAUAUUUGACAUCGCUCAAAACGAGAUUGUAACUUCGCUUUGGCGAUGAUUCAGUGAAAUCCAACACGUUUCUGUUUCUAGUAUGCCACUUAUUUUUAAGUAAUUUUAUUUACGAUUGUGUAACUUAAAGUAAUAUUUAAAUGAAGUGUUAAUUAUUAUAGUCAACUGUGUGUAUUAGUCAUAAAAUUUAAUUAAAAAAAAUG